ACGAAUAUUUCUAGCGUAAUGCGAAACUUUGAUGCUUCAUAACUUUUGAACCAAUACUCACUGUCAAAAAGUUUAAAGUCUUGGCUGUACAGAACAAGGAGUUUAACAAUAUAUGUUAAGAUCAAGGUUGUACAACGGUUACUCCUUUUGUGGAUAAGUACGAAAACUCUUCAUUCCCGAAGAUAUUUUUCUGAAUAUCUAAAAAACUAAGGUCGAGCGAUGGUAACACCUAUAGAAAAGGGUUAUUCAGAAUCAAGUUUCCCAUAACUUAUUUCAGGCUCAUCGAAAUCCGCGAGGAAUCAGUGUUGUAAAUAAUUACCGCAUUUUCUACUCGUCGUAUACGUUGUAUUAUAAGUUUAACAUUAAAGAGCUUACGCAAAAACGAUUGCACCGUUACCGUCAAUCGUCACUUUGUAACGUGACCUGCUAAUAACACUUCAACGACACUAAUGUGCUUCUCUUUGAUGCGCGUAAUCUUGAUGAGCGCAUGACGGAUUACAGUGGUUGAGAUUAGAUUAAUCAACAGUUCUUGUCUUCGUAUUUAUAAAAUGUAAAGUGUAUAUGUUUUCUGGCAAUAGUCUAAUGUCCAUCAUCGUGAGAAUGCAAUACCGAUAUUGCUUUCCUUAGUCUGUGAUUGUAUGUACGGCAAUUAGCAAUCGUUCAAGUACCGGACACUGUUAUCAAAACAAUUUUGAUCUGUAUUACGACAGUUCGUGAUCGGCGAAGAUAAUAGAUAUUCAAUUGAACGCGAGUUGUACCAUUGUGACGCUUGUCAAGUGAACAGCAAGCAUUCAAGAAUGUGACAGUGAACUAGAAAAACGGUGAUGAUAUUGCGUAUGAAAAUAAUACGCCACGGAAUAUUAAAUCAGUCGGAAGGAAAGUGCUGUGAAGGAAUAAUUAUGUGAGAUAAUGCAACAUCAAAAACGUUUUAAUUUUUACGUUAUCAACGAACAUUUUUAUUAGUCAAUGAAUAUAACGUAUAUUUAAAAUUAUUACUUAAAUAUUACUUGGAUUCUUCGAUCAGUUUUGCCUUCGAUCGGUUCUUUAAAUUACGGUUUUAGGACAACAUCCUACGUCCAACAUAGUGCGAUAUUAAUAAGAAUAUUGUAAAAAUUGUUAAUACAUCAGUUUAGUGCAAGGAGAAAAUAUUUAUAAAUAAAAAAUGACUACGCAAGAAGCUACACAAGUUCCUCCGGAUGGAAAAUGGGGUUGGAUGAUCGUUUUAGCGUACGCUUUGAAUGGGAUCACAACUAUAUCUUCCCUGCACGGAUUCGGAUUAAUAUUUAAGGAUACGUUUCCUCGUUUUGGUUUCAAUGCCACGGAGGGAGCAAUUAUCAUAAACACGAAUUUAGCAUUUGGCAUGAUACUAGGAUUAGUUAACGGACCGCUGUUGCGUACCUUCGGGUACAGAAAAAUGGCGGUGAUCGCUAGCUUACUUUAUACUGUUGGAGUAAUCGCAACAGCGUUCAGCAGAUCCUUCACUUUAAUUAUUAUUUUCUAUGGUUUAUUUGCUUCACUCGGAAUGUGUAUGGGAAUGUCUGCCUUUUCGUACGCAUUAAAUUCUUACUUCACAAAGAAGAGGGGGCGUGCCAUGUCGCUAGCAUUAACAAUUAUUGGACUCGGUCCUAUAAUUACACCACAAUUAACAGUCCUCUCAAUUUCAUAUUAUGGAUUUCAGGGUACAAUAUUAUUAUUCGGAGCAUUUAGUUUGCAUUCAUUGGUCGGAAGUCUGUUACUUCAUCCGCUGAAAUGGCAUAAGAAGUAUGAAAAAAUAGAAGAGGAAUCGGCAAAUGGUGAAGUACCAGUGAACGAAAAGGAAAACAAACUUACAGACGAGAAAAGCCUUUUCCAAGAGGACGAAUGUUCGUUAAAUUCGACAUUGGAGUUAAGUAAUAUACAAAGGAAAAGAAAAACUACCAUUUCAACGAUCGAUCAUGACGCUGAAAUUGGAAGCAUAUAUGGAUUUGAUAUACCACUCGCACGACAAUUUUCGGAAUCGUUACACGUUGACAGCGUAAACAGUCAACGACACCUCAAUCGACAGUUUAAGAGCGUUGACACAAUUAACCUUGGGAGCAGCGUAAAAAUUUUUGACGAGAAGUUUGAUUUAAUGAAACGCAGUAAUCUCAGCGUUUCUAAAGGAAGUAAGCAGAUUCUCCAAAAAACGAUGGAAAGCGAUUUGUUAAUAGCAAAAAAUGACACGGAAACAACGUCAAGAAUAGCCAUUGACAGUAACCGGAAAUCCGACGAGAAGUCAAUCACAGCAGUAAUACGUGAGAAAGUGGUUCAGCUGUUUGAUCUGGACUUACUGAAAGAUCCGAUCUAUGUAAACAUUAUGUUAGGGAUGUCGAUAGCCAUUUUUGCCGAAGCAAAUUUUUCGCAAUUGACCCCGUUCAUUUUGAUGGACAUGAAACUGUCGAACCAGCAAAUUUCGACCAUUAUGAGUAUCAUUGCCACCAGUGACUUAAUUUUCCGGAGUUUAGCUGCUUUUCUCGGCGAAUGGCUUCGUCAGCCACCGAGGAUUAUGUAUAUGAUGAGUCUAGUCCUUUUAAUAAUCAGCAGAUCAUGUUUGAUAUUUGUCAAUGGAUUUACGGAAAUGAUGUUUUGUGCCAUUGGAUUAGGAGUUGCCAAAGGGAUUCGUUCGGUCUAUAUGUCUUUGGUAAUACCAGAUUACGUCCCCAUUGACAGGUUGCCGAACGCAUCGGGAAUUCAGAUGAUCGCUAAUGGUAUAAUACUUUUACUUGCUGGCCCUAUACUAGGUGUAAUUCGUGACAGUGCUGGAUAUUACGCACCCAGUAUAAUUGUAAUAAAUUCUGUCACUGCGUUCACAAUAAUACUUUGGUCAGUGGAGAUGAUUAUCGCGCGGAGGAGAAAACUGCGAAGAAAUCAGCAACUAGAUAACUGUUAAUGUAAAUACAUGUGAACAGAACACGGCUGAAUAACAUGUAGAUGCGAACUUUAGGUAAUUCUUUAUGGAAAAGUAAGAAAAAAUAUAAAAUACAAUUGUUUUAUUCAAUGUUUAAAUUUCGAGAAAAUCGAGUUUGAUAAUCGAGUUGAAAACGAGUCUAUCUACAGCACGUCUCACUUUAAUUUAUAAAUAAAAUUACCUUCGAAACUAUUCAUUAUUUAAAAAGUAUCUCAAAUAACAUUUUCUUUUGUUUCAAUGGGUUUUGGACGUAGAUUGAUUAACACUUUCUUGUAGAGCAUGAUCCGCUGCAAUAAUUGAUGCAAAACAAUACAUGGUCAUUCUUGAAAAAAUAGUAGCAAACUUUAUAUUUUCUACACAAGUCCAUCUAGAGACAAACUAAGUGUAUUAAAUUACUGCGCUCUCAAAUCAUAAAAAAUUGCACUUGACACAUUUUUGAAAUAAUGAAUAGUUUUGAAGAUAAUUGGAUGUGUAGAUUAAAAUAUAACACCCGGUACAGUGUCAUGACAAACAUUGACUCGAAGUUUAACUUAUAACCCCUAUGCUUGCAUGAUUCUUAAAAGUUACUAGAUUCAAGAAAAAUCAAAAAGAUAUUUUACCAACAAUAUGUUACGAUUAAUUACAAAAGUCUGUUAUAAAAUACUUCGUAUCACUCAUAUCACUUUAUAUCCACUAGUCCUCCAAUUAAGAAUAUGCUGGUUAAAAUAGAAUUUUCCAUAAUAGUAAACAGUUCAUGAAAAUAUUAUUGAUAAAGUAUUUUUUUUUGUUUUUCUUUAAACCUAAUUACUCUUAAAUAGCAUAUAAAUAUUCUUUAUGAGCAAAACAGAUGUUGCAUGGCGAAUUAUUAGCCGUAACUGUUCAUGUAUAAUACUAACUAUUUAAUUGAAUAUUCAAUUGCAUAUGUGCACAGUAGAUUCUCAAAUUUACUUUUAUCGAGAAAUGAACCUUAAACUAAAAUACUGUAUUAUAUAUUAUUUUUUUAUUUUUCUAUGAAGAAGUAUUCCAUACUUGCUUGUAGAUGUUAAUAAGCCAGAUCUUGUAUAAUUAUAAUUAUGUAAUAUAUGAUGUACUAUAUAGAUAGUUAAUUGUCAUUGCUAUACUGCCUCAUUUAUGCAGAGAGUUGUUAUAAAAGGGAGACAAUUUUAUAGGAUAAAUGAGCAACACACAUUGUUAUAUAUAGAAAGUAAUAGUGAACAGUAUUGAAUUGUAACUAUAAAUAUUUACCUAUUACUUUUAGUUUCCAGUACGUUUUUUAUAAUAAUAUUCAUACAUGAUAUUAAUUAUUUAAAUGAAUAUUAUUUAUAUGACAUUGUACGUAAUUACAAAAUUGUAUUACUAAAGAAUAGUAUAAGACAAAUACAUUUUGAUCACACUUUGUAUAGAAAAUAAUUUUUCAAAAUAUACUGAUGGUAAUGUAGUAUUAUUAUUUUCUAACAUUGAUUAUUGAGUAUAAUUGAAUCGAACAGAAACUAGUAAGUAAGACACAUUUACCAAUUAUCUCGUCUUUUCGAGGCCAUAUCUUAAUAAUAGUAGAUUUUAUGCAGAUUUAAACAUGAUGUAAAAUGUAUUGUACACUUAGAAGAAAAGGUAUCAAACCCGGAAAUUAAAAAAUUAAGAAAGAUUAAAGAUUAAGAGAAUAAAAUUUUAAAAUAAUUUUCAAAAUUUUCAAAAAUUUUGUUUUGCAGUCUUAUAGACAUGAAUUUUAUAAACCUAAUGUAUCUCUUACCGUUUUCAAGACAAUCCACAUGAAAGAAAAAUUUUCAUUCUUUCAAGGGGUGGUUUCACCCCUUCAAAGUGAAAUUCGGCAGGAAAAAAAUUGCAGUGUAUUAGGCUUGACUUACUCUAUCUACACACAAAAUUUCAUAAUUUAUUGAAUUUCCGGGUUUGAUACAAUUCCUUGUUAAUACCGUCCGUUGCUUGAAAGACGAGUCACGGAAGAAAUACGGGUCUAAGUGGUCAAAAUCUAGUGUGUUUUCGGCUCUAGUGUGCAAUUGGUCACGCAACGUAAAACCCCCCUUACUCCUGUGCCGUCUUGCGUUUCGUCUUUCAAAUAAGGAACGAUAUAUUGACCGUUAUAAUUUCCUUGAGAAAGUUGCUGUACUUCAUCCUCGAAUUCUUUUAUUUGAGGGUACCGUAACUGACACACAUACAUCAUUAACAUCUUUUACUUUUCCAAUUUCAUUGUUUUUACAUGAUCUUUUGACAAGGGCGUAAUUAAUAACAAUAACAAUUAAAUUAUACUUAUCCUCUACAUCUACUUAUAUUUAUUAGUCUAUUAUUUAGUGUCGAUAAUCAUGACGAUUUAUCAGGCGAGGUUUAAGCCCUUCAAAGGUUUCUCACUUCAGAACUGAGUUCUGCGUUUUAUCGAAAAUGCAGAAACUGUAUUUGUAAACCAUUUCUUCGUGUGUGGAAAAAAAAAUAUAUUUAUUAUACAUACUUUAUUACAGAGUGAUAGUAAGAGCUCUUUUAGUUCCUUACAUUUCUGAUGAUAAGGAAAAUUCUUGCUUCAAAUUUAAAUUUCCAAAGUUGUUAUUUUUCCAUUUUUCGAGACUAUUUGCAAUUCUAAUUUUUGAAUCUUCUUUCGUAAUAUUUCACAAGUUCAUUUUCAUCGAUAUCUAUAUCGCAUGUUAAAUUUUCAAUUUGUGUCAUUUAAUGAAGAAAUUGGAGAAAGAAUU